CCCUGUUGCGGUGAUCCCACCGUUAGUCCUGACUGUUCAUUCAUUUUUUCAGUUUUCUUUUAAUCUCUUUUUUUUUUCCCCCUUGUAAUUUUCACACAAAUGAUUUCACCAAUUGCUGCAAUUUUACAUGCAGCACUGAUGCACACACCUACGUAAGAACAUGUCCCUAACGAAUUUGUAUCAGAAAACCAGCAGCAUUUAAGGCUCUCUUCCACAGUAUUUGUUUUUCGUACCUAUCCUCACUAAAUUUUCAAUUGCAAGCCUUAAUUGGUGUUCAACUGUAAUUUCCAGCUCCACUCUGUUCUUAUACCCCCCUUCCUAAUAUCCAUUCCCUAUAAAGUAACAUUCUUUGUUUUGUCUAACACUGUCAAAAGGUUUCCAAACCCCUUUAGUUUGGUUCUCCGUCAAAAAAGCUGAAAUAACAAUAAUGGAUUCUGUAUCAUUGUCUAGUACACUUUCUCCUUACUACCAUGUUAUCUUCACAGCUUUAGCAUUCCUUGUAUCAGGCCUGAUUUUCUUGCUCUCUCUAAAAUCAAGAUCAAAGAAGCUGAAUUUGCCUCCAGGGCCGCCCGGAUGGCCAGUGGUGGGCAACCUGUUUCAAGUUGCUCGAUCUGGGAAGCCGUUUUUCCAGUAUGUGAGGGAUCUGUUGCCAACAUACGGUCCAAUCUUCACACUGAGGAUGGGAACCAGGACGAUGAUCAUCGUGGCCAACGCAGAUUUAGCCCAUGAAGCCCUGAUUGAAAAAGGUCAAGUCUUUGCCAGCCGACCCAGAGAAAAUCCCACCAGAACCAUCUUCAGCUGCAACAAAUUCACUGUAAAUGCUGCUCUCCACGGCCCUGUUUGGAGGUCCCUGAGGCGAAACAUGGUUCAGAACAUGCUAAGUGCCACCAGGCUUAGAGGGUUCAAAAAUGCAAGGGAAACCGCCAUGGAUAGGCUCAUUGAAAGGCUUAAAAUUGAGGCCGAGGCUAAUGACGGCGUCGUCUGGGUGCUGAAAAAUGCCCGAUUUGCUACUUUUUACAUUCUCUUAUCCAUGUGUUUUGGGAUCGAAAUGGACGAAAAGAUGAUUGAAUCAGUCGAUCUGAUGAUGAAGACUGUUUUGAUUGUUCUUGACCCGAGAUUAGACGAUUAUCUUCCACUUCUGAGCCCGUUUUUCUCGAAACAGAGGAAACGAGUUCAAGAAGUCCGGAAAGAACAGAUCGAUCUUCUUGUCCCGUUGAUUCAGAAACGCCGGAACGCGAUUCAAAAUCCGGGAUCGGACGAAACCGCGGCGGCGUUUUCUUAUCUCGACACGCUGUUUGAUCUCCAGAUUGAGGGCAGAAAAUCAACCCCUUCGUAUCCGGAGCUGGUUACACUCUGCUCGGAGUUCUUGAACGGCGGGACCGACACCACCGCGACGGCGGUGGAGUGGGCCAUAGCCAGAAUGAUCGAGAAUCCCGACAUUCAGACGAGGUUGUACGAGGAGAUCAAGAGUGUGGUCGGUGAUCGGACGGUCGACGAGAAAGACAUGGAAGAAAUGCCGUACUUAAACGCCGUCGUAAAGGAGCUUCUCCGCAAGCAUCCGCCCACUUACUUCUCUUUGACCCAUGCGGUGAUCGAACCCGCGAAAUUGGGUGGGUAUGACGUACCGACCGACACCAAUGUCGAAUUCUUCUUGCCGGGUAUAUCGGAUGACCCGAAUAUCUGGUCCAACCCGGAGAAGUUUGAUCCGGAUAGAUUCAUGACCGGCCGGGAAGACGCAGAUAUAACGGGGGUGAAAGGAGUGAAGAUGAUGCCGUUCGGCGUCGGCCGGAGGAUUUGCCCCGGGUUGGCCAUGGCCACGGUGCAUGUGAACUUGAUGUUGGCCCGGAUGGUUCAAGAAUUCGAAUGGUCCGCUUACCCGAAAGAUAGCAAAGUGGAUUUCAGUGAGAAAUUGGAGUUCACGGUGGUAAUGAAGAAUCCAUUAAGAGCCCAAAUCAAGCCCAGGAAGUAACGUUAUUGUAAGUUUUGGGCUCAAAACAAAAACCACUGCUAGAUCUUCUUUCUUCUCUUCUUCUAUAUAGAAAUUUCUAUAGUAUAGCAUAAAUAUGUUUCCUCUUCUUAAUUUUUUGUUUAAAUUAAGGGGGGGAUUUGGGAUUUGCUUUUGGAUUUCUUGUUUCGUUGAUUUGUUUUGAUUUAGCUUCACGCAGAAUUUGGGAUUUGGGAUUUUCUUAUAUUGUGAAUUAUUUUUGUUUAAUUUCAAUAGCUUUAAGGCUCUAUUUUGUUGCAUUGAAUUGGGACCAAGAAUUGGAAUUGGAGCUUUCCGGAUUCCAAUUCUUGUGUUUGGUUGCUAAAAAUAGAGGUCCACGAAUUAGAAUUAUAACUCAAGAUAGGGCUCGAUUCUUUAUUUUCAAUUCUUUUGUGGGAGCAAAUAAUUGGAAUCCAAAUUCAAGGGAUUUAAAAAAG